CACUUUCUAUUUGAGUAAAUAUUUUCUGUCUUUCAGACAAAAUCCUCUGUCCUUUAUUCUCAUUUCCAUGGAGAAAUAAAAUCUCAACACUACUCUCCAAAACCCUAAAACUACACUAAAUUUUCCCCAACUUUUCUUCUUUACAUGAACUAACAAAAAAAAAAAAAAAAAAAAAAACUCUAGUUUUCUUUGUUUUUUUUUUCUUCUAUGGAAAUGGGUUCAGUUAUUCCAUUUGAAGACCUAAAUUUACCUACACCGACAAAGAUUAUUUACCCCAAAAUUGAACCGAAACCCGAACCGGUUGAUGAAUUUCCAAACCCUAAUUCGAAUUUCAAUUUCAGUAAUGCGAAUGCUACUAGUUCUCAAGCCUUACUAAGUACAAAUAUGUUGGAAAAUGGCGUUGUACAUUCGGAAUAUAAUAGAAUAUCUAAGUUAUUUACAACUGCUUUUGCUCAAUCAAAUGGAAAUGUUGUUCAACCUUUUCAUGACCCGGAUUGUCGUGCAAUUGUACCCGUUAGUAAUGAUUCUCAGGUUUCUGAUAUCGUCGCUGCAAGAAGGAAGUAUGAGAAGCGGUCAUCGGAGUUGGUCCGAGUGACAGAUCUUAAACCGGAGGAUGAUCAAUUUUAUCGGGACCAGUUUCGAAAAACACGGAUGCUUUAUGAUUCUCUACGAGUUCUUGCAUUUUUAGAAGAUGAAAACAACCAACAACAUUUGGGUGGUCCAAGCAGACAGACGAGAGCAAGAGGGGACUUAAAGGCAGCACAAAUGAUGAGGGAACAUGGACUAUGGCUGCAUCGUGAUAAGCGCACUGUUGGUGCAAUCCCCGGAGUGAUUGUUGGUGACUUGUUCAUAUAUCGAAUGGAGCUUUGUGUGGUAGGAUUACAUGGGACCCCUCAAGCUGGGAUCGAUUAUCUUCCUGCUAAUCAGAGCUCAAAUGGGGAGCCAAUUGCCACAAGUGUAAUUGCUUCGGGAGGUUACGAGGAUGAUGAAGAUGCAGGGGAUGUGAUUAUAUAUACAGGGCAAGGUGGACAGGAUAAGAACUCACGGCAAGUCAUGCAUCAAAAAUUGGAAGGUGGGAAUUUGGCAUUGGAGAGGAGCAUGCACUAUGGAAUUGAGGUGAGGGUAAUCCGUGGCUUUAAAUAUGCAGGUAGUUCUAGUGGUAAAGUGUACGUGUAUGACGGACUCUAUAGAAUUACGGAAUCUUGGUUUGAUGUGGGUAAGUCUGGGUUUGGAGUGUACAAGUAUAAGCUUGUUAGGAUUGAGAAUCAGCCAGAUAUGGGAAGUGCUGUUCUUAGAUUUGCAGAGAGUCUUAGGACCAGACCGCUAGAGGUAAGGCCUAUGGGAUAUAUUAGUCUUGAUAUAUCAAGGAGAAAGGAAAAUUUGCCUGUAUUUUUGUUCAAUGAUAUUGAUAAUGAUCGUGAUCCUGCUUGUUUUGACUAUCUGUUGAAGACUGUAUUUCCUCCACACGUCUAUCAGCAUGCGAAUGGUUCAGGUUGUGAGUGCACUGAUGGGUGUGGGAAUAAUUGCUUUUGCGCAAUGAAAAAUGGUGGACACUUAGCAUAUGAUAUGAAUGGGAUCUUGUUGAGAGGAAAGCCAGUUAUAUUUGAAUGUGGACCCCAUUGUUCAUGUCCUUCAACUUGUCGGAAUCGAGUUAGCCAGAAAGGCGUGAGGAACAGGUUUGAAGUGUUUCGGUCUAGGGAGACUGGCUGGGGGGUUAGGUCGUUGGACCUCGUAGUAGCAGGGUCUUUUAUUUGUGAAUAUACUGGUGUUGUGCUCACGCAAGAGCAAGCUCAAAUAUUUACAAUGAAUGGUGAUAGUUUAAUCUAUCCAAGUAAUUUUGCUGAGAGAUGGGUGGAAUGGGGAGAUUUGUCUCAAAUAGAUUCUAAUUACGUCCGACCGGCAUACCCUUCCAUUCCUCCUUUGGAUUUUGCGAUGGAUGUAUCUAGAAUGAGGAAUUUAGCUUGUUACAUGAGUCACAGUUCAAGCCCCAAUGUUCUAGUACAACCUGUGCUGUAUGAUCAUAAUAAUGUAUCUUUCCCUCACCUCAUGCUCUUUGCAAUGGAGAAUAUCCCUCCCCUAAGGGAGCUCAGCAUUGAUUAUGGAAUGCCUGAUGAUUCAACAGCGAAGCUUGCCAUCUGCAAUUGACUACAUCAUAGGAAUUCAUGUAGUUUUGAAUGUCAUACGCAGCAUAGCCAUUUUUGCCACAUCAGAUGGAGGGCGGUUGUUGCCAAAUCUUUUCCCUGUUUCCUUUGUUCGAUAAUACUCACAAUGUUGAUGAUAGAAUCUAGUCCACAUAUCGAAGAUAGAAGAUAUCAAGGUGUAGUUAAUGACUAACUGAGAAGAUAGAAGAAAGCUUCGUGAAGCAAGAUCCUGCAGUAUGAACCUCUUUCACCAACGUAUCUCAUUAGUAAAACUAACCUCGGAGUAAUAAUCUUCGCCAUAGUAAGAACUUUUGUGUUGUAGUAUUAGCUACUUCUUGUUUGUGUCUUACAGUGCUAAAAAAGGAAAAAUGUAUUAGCUUGUAAAUAUGAAGACCGAUCUUCGUAUGAUUGUGUACAGAAAUUUGUAUCAAUCCUCUGUCACAGAUUGUUGUAAUCCAGAUCAUAUGCUUUUUUUGUUGUUCGUCAAGUUAACGGAGGAGGUAGAGCUAGAUGGUGUCAAAUUUGGAGUGCAUGGAUUUACAAGGAUUGAAGAGGUAGACUAAAUUUUGAUGAUUCUAUAUUCAAUUUUCCCCUUCUGAAUAUGGUAAAUGCAAGCUAUCACAAAGGAUGAGUACUUGAUACUGAAGUUCUAUUCAUUGUUUACCUGAACAAACUUACUGUCAAGAUGCUGUCAACUUUCUAAUUUUUGUUAUACAAGAAAUAUUAUUGUUAUCUGAUG